AUGGCGAACUUCUUCGACCUGAAGGCCAGAAAGGCUGCUGCCGCCGCUAACAAUGGCGCGGCCCCGAAAACUGAAGACAGCAAGAAUGCGAGGAAACAGCCAUGGGUUGAAAAAUACCGACCGAAGACACUGAGCGAUGUCACAGCCCAGGAUCAUACCGUCAGCGUUCUCCAACGAACCCUCCAAGCCUCCAAUCUCCCCCACAUGCUCUUCUACGGGCCCCCAGGCACAGGCAAAACCUCCACCAUCCUCGCCCUUGCUAAAGAGCUCUACGGCCCGGACAUGAUCAAAUCCCGGGUGCUCGAACUCAACGCCUCCGACGAGCGUGGCAUCUCCAUCGUCCGCGAAAAAGUCAAGGACUUCGCGCGCAUGCAGCUCACGAACCCUCCGCACGGCUACCGAACCCGCUACCCCUGCCCGCCAUUCAAGAUCAUCAUCCUAGACGAGGCCGACAGCAUGACGCAGGACGCGCAGAGCGCUCUGCGUCGCACCAUGGAGACGUACAGCAAGAUUACGCGAUUUUGCCUUAUUUGUAACUAUGUUACGCGGAUUAUCGAUCCAUUGGCGUCGCGGUGCAGUAAGUUCCGGUUUAAGAGUUUGGAUCAGGGGAACGCGAAGAGGCGGUUGGAAGAGAUUGCGGAAAAGGAAGGGGUGGGGUUGCAGGAGGGCGCUGUGGAGGCGUUGAUUAAGUGCAGUGAGGGGGAUUUGCGGAAGGCGAUUACGUUUUUACAGAGUGCGGCGCGGUUGGUGGGGGCCACUGAGAAGGAGGAUGUGGAGGGGGAGGAUAAGAUGGACGUGGAUGAGGAUGGAGACCGGCAGUUGGUGACGGUCAAGAUCGUUGAGGAUAUUGCGGGUGUGAUACCUGAUGAUACGAUUCAGAAGCUGCGACAGGCGAUACAGCCCCGGUCGGCGGCGGCGACGUAUCAGGCUGUUGCCAAGGUGGUUGAGGAGAUGGUGGCGGAUGGGUGGAGUGCUGGACAGGUCGUCUCACAGCUGUUCCAAGCGAUUGUCCAAGACGAGACGAUACCGGACCUGCAGAAGAACAAGAUCACCCUGGUUUUCUCCGAAGUCGACAAGCGGCUGGUGGAUGGGUCUGAUGAGCAUCUGUCUAUCCUCGACCUCGCUCUGAGGAUAUCCAACAUCAUGGCUGGCAAGGGCUAG